UGAAAACUCCUAUUAAAAUGGCUACUACAACAGAGCAGGCAUUGCAAUUCUGUAAACUGAGAGAAUAGAGGAUUUGCCAAAUUUGUAAAAUGUCCGCUAAUACUGGAAUUCUUCAGAGUGAGAAAUUGACGGAGUAUAUACUGGAGACCAGUGUUUUCCCACGAGAACCAAAGAUUCUCAAAGAGUUAAGGGAUGCCACUGCAAGUCACCCUUGGGGCUUCAUGGGCACAGCACCCGAUGCAGGUCAGCUAAUGGCCUUACUCUUGAAGUUGCUGAAUGCUAAAAAGACAAUUGAGGCGGGAGUUUUCACUGGAUACUCUCUUCUUCUCACAGCACUUAGCAUUCCUGAUGAUGGAAAGCCUUCAAAUGAGGGAACUUUUGAUUUUGCCUUUGUUGAUGCUGAUAAACGCAAUUACUGGAAUUACCACGAGCGGUUGGUUAAACGGGUUAAGAUUGGAGGGUUGAUUAUCUAUGAUAACACCCUCUGGGGUGGAACUGUUUCCUGGUCUGAAGAGGAUGUUCCUGCACCCAAAAGAGGAGUCAGGCAAAGUACACUGACUUUCAACAAAGCCAUUGCAAGCGAUUCACGCAUUGAGAUUUCUGUUGCUUCAGUAGGUGAUGGGUUCACCAUCUGCAGGCGUGCUCAUUGAUCCUUACUUUCCUAUGUUGUAUUAUGGUUAAAGUUUUCAGCGAGUUUACCAAGUUCAUGUACUAGACCAUGUUUGGUAGGAAGUAUUUAAGUGAAUAAAGCUAAUGGUUGUUACUAACAAGUAACAACUCAUUUUGCUACUAUUUUGAAUUUAUUAUAUAUCAUAUUUUUCUCUCAUAAUAGAAAAUAAAUAAUAGUUAAAAUAAUAUGGUGAAAAACUACACUGCCCA